AUGCCUCCGCCCUAUGGGCAACCGACGGACCAAUUGACCAAUUCAAAACACUCCUCAAACGAAUACUUUAUUGUGCAACCGGGAGAUGGGUCGGAAAAUCAGCAGCUCGAUGGCAGAUCUGGAUCAGCGAAUCGUUGUCCUGGCUGUCCGGCAGCCUUUCAUCCACAUGCCCACCGUGCUCUUAACCUAGAGUCCAGAGCCUACAACGAUAACUCCCACCUUUCGGACGCGUGUGUGCCGACCUAUCGUGCCUAUAUGGAUAAAUGGGUCUAUGUGAAUGAUCUCAGUCGGCAUUUAGGCGAAUAUUUGGACGUUGAUCCCAGAUGUGUAAAGGUUUCCAAAGGUUGCUUCUCACCGUUCGGUUCGGGACCUCUACGAUCGCAUUCAGAAGUGGUGGUUUCUGUGACACCAUGUAUCGACUCAACGGAUGUGUCUCUCAGUGUGAACGUGCUCGACCUGACCGGCAUCCUCAACCUGUCCAGUGUCACCUCUCCCGUGGCUUCUUCUCCGCUCUGGGCAGAACCGUUGCAAAUUCUUUGUCAAAUAAACUGGACGGUAGAUCACGUGAUUGAUGUGGCCGCUGUUAUGCUACAAAAGAUCUAUCAACUGGAAAUCCCUCGACAUCGAUUAUGUCUGCGCAAAUGCACGCUGCCAGAGUGUAGUCCAGGACCCCUACUGGAUCCAAACAGUCAGCUUGCCUCAUUCCGAAAUCCGCACCAGGGCGUCUUACUUCAGCUACUCGACGACCGACUAUCCCCAUUCUCCAUUCCCCUCGAGACUCUAGAAGUGGUACACUAA